GCAGCAGCAGCAGCAGCAGCAAAGCCGUGUGAUUCGUAGAAGCCGGUAGGAGAACUUCCUAGGCUAGGCCAGGGUUCUUCUCUUUCUUUGACUCCACCCCAACCGCUCUAUGGCAGCCCAGAAGAAACUGCAGGGUGUCGUGGCUGCCACUGUCACUCCAAUGACUCAGGAUGGAGAAAUCAACCUCUCUGUGAUUGGACAAUAUGUGGACUACCUGAUAAAUGAGCAAGGUGUGAAGAAUGUAUUUGUAAAUGGAACUACAGGAGAAGGCCUGUCCCUGAGCGUUCAGGAGAGGAAGCAGCUGGCAGAAGAGUGGGUGACUAAGGGCAAAGAUAAACUAGAUUACGUGAUUAUUCAUGUUGGCGCAUUCAGUUUACCAGAAGCAAAGGGACUGGCUAAGCAUGCAGCAGAAAUAGGAGCGGAUGGCAUAGCUGUCAUCGCCCCCUCUUUCUUCAAACAGGUGAAGAAAGAUGCUCUAGUUGCCUUCUUGCGGGAUGUUGCAUCUGAAGCCCCAGGCAUCCCAUUCUAUUAUUACCACAUCCCUCCCCUGACUGGUAUAAAAAUUAAUGCUGAAGAACUGCUAAAUGGGAUGAUAGAACAGAUCCCCACCUUUAAGGGGGUGAAGUUCAGUGAUAAAGACCUCCUGGAUUUUGGGCAGUGUGUGAAGAAAAAUGAUAGAGGCCAGUUUGUACUUCUGUAUGGUGUGGAUGAGCAACUCCUGGGUGCACUCGCUAUGGGAGCGACUGGGGCAGUUGGAAGCACCUAUAACUAUCUGGGCAAGGCAAAUAACUCAAUGCUGGAAGCUUUUGCCAAUGGAGACCUCUCCUUGGCACAAAAAUAUCAGUACUGUACCCAGGAAGUAAUCAGCUUUUUCAUUGCACAGGGCUUUGGCAUUGCAGAGACCAAAGCAAUCGUGACUCUGCUUUCAGGGAUACCCAUGGGUCCCCCACGACUUCCACUCUCAAGUGCCUCUGAGGAGUUCAUUGCCAACGUAAAACCCAAAUUGGAGAGCCUGAAGAACUGUUGCUACAGCUGACUUUAAGCAUCCAAUGUGGGCAUAGGAACAUGGGCCACGCAACUUGGUGAACAGGUCUCACUUGCAUACUUGAGAUGCAUCCUGACUGCACAGCUUCCACGAGGAAAUUACUCAAAGACUCCCUAACAGGGACCAUGCAUUGAUACCCUCUACGUUGUUGGACUCCAACUCCCAUUAGCUUCAGCCAACUUGGCCAGCGGUCAGGGAUGAUGGGAAUUGUAGUCUGAAAACAGCCGGAGACCGAAGUUUGGGAAACACUGAGCUAAAGCUAAAGCCAUCCUGCCAGGAGGUCCAAUCUUUAGUAAGCACCUAGAGGUGAUUCCUCAUGUGUAGAUCCAAUAGUGGGACUCAAGCCUCUUGCUUCAAAAUAAGUGCUUUCGAGGAAACAGGUCUACGGCUGGAGAUGAGGCCAGGAAGCCUCUCCACCCAUCGGGGAGCCUUAUACUGAGUCAGACCAUUGUUAACACUGAUUGGCAGUGGCUCUCCACUCCAGGGUUAUCCACUAUGUUUCAGAGGCUGUGACCGGAUCCUAUUAACCACAUGUGUUGGGAAUGCAAGUUUGUACAAACUUUCAGAA